AUGAUUCAUCCACAACAUCAUCAAGAGGCCUCAACAACUUUAACCACAACAUCAACCUCUCCUUCCAUACAGCAACCAUCAGCUACAACAACAUCAUUAGAGAGUAAUGAUCCAAACGCAGUGGUUGGCUUGAAUGGAUUUACCAUUCGAAAACCAUUUCCAUAUAAGAAUGCGCAAGGAGAUAUAUUUUGCAUUGUGUGUUGUUUACAGAAGGGAGAAUUGGUGUUUCAACCAAAAGCUAAUUUUAAGAUUUUUAGAGAAAGAGGAGCUGUCAUUGCUGAGAACUCGGAUCGAUCCAUUUUGGUAGAAAAGUUGUUUGGAUUUAAGAAUGUUUGUGGAGGUCGAUUGUGUGACUCACAUUAUCGAUACAUCAUGAAAUUUAAAAACAAGUACAUUCCAAGUAGUGGUGACUCACCUACCAACACUUCUGCCAAUAACGACGGUGGUGACACUCCUACCAACUCAUCGAAACGAAAAAAGAGAAAGAGUGACAAGAAAGAAAGUGAAGAAACCUCUCUUGUCAUUUCCACAAAAAAGAAAAAGAAACAAGUUUCCACACCUCACCAACAUCACCUCGAAACAAGAUCCUCCUCCACCACACCCUCUUCAGAUUUACCAAGUUCAUCCAAUUUGUCCUUAGAUUUUGACCAUCAAGAGAGAGAACGAGAUUUUGAUUCUACUUGUUCCAUGACCAAGACCAUACCCUCUUCUUCAUCUCAUCCUUCUUCUUCAAAUCAUGAAGAUAGUGAUGACGAUGACGAUGACACGAGUAGUAAUCAUGAAUGUGAAUAUUCAACAAAAGAACUUAAAAGAGAACAAAGAUAUGGAGCUAAAAGAAGAUUUAACUUUUUAGUAAGACUUGUUGAAGAAUUGGUUCAAGAAGAGAAUAUUCAUGAGCAAUAUCGAAUUCUUGUGGAACAACGAAAACAACAAAAUAAGGUCAAGAAAAUGAUGACUCAUAAUAUGAAACAAUUUGAAGAAGAAAAUCAUUUCGAUGAGAAUUCUCAUCAACAUGAAGAACAUGAGAGUCAUAAACAAAUGUCAUCGUAUGGAAGUCAUCGAACCAAUGAUUCAUUGGCAAGAGCAUUUGUGACAGAAUAUCAUCGAUAA